UAUUCCCAAAAAUUUUCUCCCCUACAAUAUUCUAGUCUUGGCAAUCCUGGUACUCGCAAGUUUUUUUUCCUUUUUCCUCAGCUUAAUUCUUUCUACCACCACUGCCACAGCCAAAACCAAUGGUUUUAGUGUGGAGUUGAUCCAUCGUGAUUCUCCCAAGUCACCCUUCUACAACCCCUCAGAGAUUCCUUCUCAAAGAGUUGCCAAGGCCUUGGGUCGUUCUAUUAGCCGUACCCAUCACUUUCUUUCAACCAAAAAGACCGACACGCCUAGCUCCAGCAUCAUUUCCAACUCCGGUGAAUACUUAAUGAAUAUAUCACUCGGGACCCCGCCGUUCCCGAUUUUAGUCAUUGCAGAUACCGGAGGUGACUUGAUUUGGACACAAUGCAAGCCUUUUCCUGAUUGUUACAAGCAGGAUGCUCCUCUUUACAACCCUAAAUCUUCCUCCACAUACAAAACCAUUCCUUACUCUGCAAGACAAUGGGAUCUUGCCUUGGAUACAAUCACCUUAAGUUCCACAAGUGGUCGGCCGGUGGCUCUUCCUAAAACAAUCUCUGGCUGCGGCCAUAACAAUGAUGGAACCUUCAACGAGAAAGGGUCCGAUAUUAUUGGACUAGGUGGUGGUGAUGUGUCUUUAAUUUCCCAGAUGGGAAAGUCCAAAGGUGUAGUCUCUGCUCCCUUGGUUAAGAAAACCCCAGACACCUUCUAUUUCCUAACCUUAGAAGGUAUCAGUGUUGAUGAUGAAACAAUAGAUUUCUUAGGUUCGUCCGUAGGAUCGGAAGGCAACAUCAUCAUAGACUCUGGCACUACCCUGACACUGUUACCCUCUGAUUUCUACGCAUCGCUGGAGGAUGCGGUGUCAAGCAAGAUCAAUGCAACGCCAGUAGAAUCUCCAAUGCAAGAGUUUCUCCCCGAGGACCAACCUCGGGAUUUUGCAGGACCAUUUGGAGAAGGAUCAACUCGAAAAGUUAAGAUGGUACACACACGAGCAACCCAGCGCGAGAGUCCUCCCCGAGGCCAAGGAAGAGGCCAGCCCCCAAUUGUCAACCCCGUGUCACAGAAUGCACCAAUUGCAGUCGCCCAACAUCAGCAGGUGGAGGGAGUUGGGGAACAUAAUCCACAAUAUCCCAACGCCGUGGCAAACGACCCUGUAACUGUUCAACUCAGCGCCAUGCAACAACAAUUCGGGGUCUUCCAGCUAGUGCUCGCCCAGCUGUUAGCCAGAGAUAACCCCGUUGACCCACUCAUCCACUUGCUAAACCCAGCUCCUCCCGCGGCCCCCCAACCAGCCCAACAGCCUGUUAACUCCCCAGUCCGCAGCGUCGCCCCGACUGCUUCCCAAGCACAAUCCCACAUACCACCCCAGCCCCAAAACCCGCAUCAACCAGCUGCCUCAGAUGUCUCAAAGAGGCUAGACAACAUAGAAAAGCUGUUAGCUGAGAACAAAAACCCACAGCCACAGACCCCACCUAUAUCAGCCUCCAUCCCCACUCUUCUCAAUACCAAAAUUACCCAAGAGCCAUAUCCACCCGGUUUCAGGAUGCCACAGUUCGAAACGUAUGAUGGCACUAAAGACCCUGAUGACCACUUACAUGCAUUUUUCUCCAUCAUGCAGGCUCAAAACGCUUCAGACGCACUCAUGUGCAAGAUGUUCCCCUCCACAUUACGCGGCAAUGCCCGGACUUGGUAUCACACCCUGCGUCCGAACUCGAUUAAUGCAUAUGCCGAGCUGGCCACCUCCUUUGCCACCAAAUUCUCAAGCAGAAGGUUGAUCAAAAAGACGACACCCGAGCUCAUGCGGAUAACACAAAGAGAUGGUGAAUCCUUGAAGAACUACAUGAACAGGUUCAAUGAUGCCAUGUUGGAGGCCAACGCCUUCGAUGAAGCAGUGGGAAUAACUGCCGUGAUACAAGGCCUCAACCAUGAUCGGUUUCGAGAUAACUUAAUCAAGCACACCCCAACCACUUUUGACGAGGUCAAUCAGAGAUCCCUCAAGUUCAUUAAGGCCGAGGAGUACGUCCUCUCCAAACCCCAACCCCCUAAAGAAGCCAGAACCCCCGCCUGGAGAGAAGAAGGCCAGAGCAGAAAGAAGUUCAAACCCACACAGAAUCGAGGCCCAAUGCCGGUUCCCAAGCUAGAUAGGCCCGGCUCCAACGCCCCACAAACGCGGCCUAGGCCACCCUCAUGGACCUCCUUCACAAUACCGAGGGUCAUCCACAUGAUAACUGGCGGGCCCGAAGCAGGAGGCACAAGCUCCAAACAGCAGAAGUUGUAUGUGAGGGAGGUCAAGCACCACAAUACAGCUCAGAAAAGAAAAAUUGACGAGGAGGAUUGGAAAAACCAGUCUGUGACAUUCACUCCGGCUGACCUCGAGGGAGUCGUCACUCCCCAUAGCGACCCAUUGGUCACCUCAGUCAUCAUUAACAACUGCGAGGUCCAGCGAGCGCUCAUUGACAUCGGCAGUGCUCCAGAUAUAAUGUAUUACCAUUGCUUUGAGAGCCUCGGACUCGACCCUGCCCUCCUGCAAAAGUCACGAAGAAAUAAGGAGGUAGUCCCAUCACCAGAGUCACCCCACCCAGAGACCCCGAAUACCCAACAGGUAAUGGGUGUAGAGCUACCAGAUAACAGACCAAAGGAUGAACCAAGAGCCACCCCGGUCGAGGAGGUCGAAGAGGUACAACUUGAUGAUAAUGACCCAUCCAAGAAGACUCAGAUCGGCACGAAGCUGACUCCCAUAGAAAAAGAAGAGCUCGUGGGCUUUCUAAAAGCAAACAAGGAUGUGUUUGCAUGGACCUCGGCUGACAUGCCUGGAAUCCCAACUUCGGUGGCAGUACACAAACUCAACACUAAUCCUUUGAGGAAGCCAGUGGCACAGAAGAGAUGGCUUUUCGGGGGGGAAAGACUCACAGCCAUUAAGGAGGAAGUGAAGAAGCUCUUGCAAGCAGGGUUUAUCAGGAGAGUAGAUUACUGCGAAUGGAUUGCCAACCCUGUCAUGGUAAAAAAGUCAAACGGCAAGUGGCGCAUGUGCAUCGAUUAUACCAACCUCAACGACGCCCGCCCUAAAGACUGUCAUCCCAUGCCUAGCAUAGACAAGCUGGUAGAGGUCGCCUCAAGGAAUGAGAGGUUAAGCCUCUUGGAUGCUUACUCGGGGUAUCAUCAAGUCCGCAUGGCACCCAAGGACGAGGUGAAAACCUCAUUUUAUGCCGGAGAUGAAAUAUACUGCUAUGUGAUGAUGCCGUUUGGGCUAAAAAAUGCAGGAGCAACAUACCAGAAAAUGGUCACAAUCGUGUUUCGGGCUCAAAUUGGCAGAAACCUAGAGGUCUAUGUAGAUGACAUUGUUGUCAAAAGUUCUCGAGCAGAAGACCACUUGACUGACCUGGCUGAGACGUUCAACAACCUUAAAAGGUGCAGCAUGAAGUUGAACCCAGCAAAGUGCACUUUCGGUGUUAAACCAGGUAAGUUUCUGGGUUUCAUGGUUUCUAGAAAGGGGAUAGAGGUCAACCCUGAGAAGAUAAAGGCAAUAGAAGAAAUGAAACCGCCGAGGUCAACCAAGGACGUGCAACGUCUAACAGGGAGAGUAGCAGCACUGCACAGAUUUAUCUCCAAAUCAGCAGAUAAGUGCCUGCCUUUCUUUAAGGUGGCUUUUGACGAGCUCAAAGCCUACCUCAGCUCGCCGCCUCUGCUGACUAAGGCUCAGGAAGGUGAAAUCCUUUAUCUUUACCUCGGAAUAUAUGAUACUGCUGUCAGUUCUGUCUUGGUCAGGGAAAUGGGGAAACAACAGCAACUAGUAUACUAUGCCAGUAAGAGGUCGGCAAUCCGAGCUCAAGCUUUGGCAGAUUUCGUGGUCGAAUGCACUUCUAAUCAGGUGGAACCAAAUUCUGGGGCAGAAACAUGGACCCUGUAUAUCGAUGGAUCAUCUAAUAACAAGGGUUCAGAAGCUGGAGCAGUAUUAACUGGACCUGACAGCUUCCGGAGUGAACACGCUUUGAAGUUCAACUUCCAGGCCACAAACAACGUGGCCGAGUACGAAGCCCUCCUCCUGGGAUUGCGUUUAGCGGCCGAGCUCAAAGUCAAACGCUUGCAGAUUUACAUCUCUGAGCUGAAGAACCGUUUCGAGAAAUUCCAGCUUACAAAAAUUCCGAGAACAGAAAAUGAGCAUGCAAAUUCUUUGUCGAAAUUAGCAUCUGAGAACCCCGGGGAAGCACAGUCUGUGUACAUCGAGAUACUGAAUGAACCGAGCUUUCAGACGUCGAGAGUGAUGGAGAUCAGCACUGACCCAGAUGCUCCGAAUUGGACAGACCCUAUCCGGGAGUACCUCCUCGAUGGUACCGUCCCAGGGGACAAACAGGAAAAGAUGAAGUUGCAAAGAAAAGCCUCUCGGUACACCUUAGUUGGCGACGUUCUGUACAAGAGAUCCUACUCGUUACCACUCCUCAGAUGCCUGACACCAUAUGAAGCAGAGUAUGCACUAAGAGAAGUACACGAGGGGGUAUGCGGUAGUCACGUGGGAGCCCAGACUCUGGCACAUAAGGUACUUCGGCAAGGGUACUAUUGGCCUAACAUGCAAGAAGAUGCAAAGAAAUUCGUGCAGAGGUGCCAGAAAUGCCAGUUCUUCGCCCAUCUCACCCAUCAGCCAGCCGAAGAACUCACUAGCAUGACUGCACCAUGGCCUUUUGCUCAAUGGGGAGUAGACCUUCUGGGCCCCUAUGUCAAAGCAGUAGGAGGAGCAACACAUUUAGUGGUCGUUGUUAAUUACUUUACCAAAUGGGUAGAAGCCAAACCUCUCUCUUAUCUGACUUCGAGAAGAAUCGAGGAUUUCCUCUUCAGCUCGGUCAUCUGCAAAUAUGGGAUACCAAACCAAAUUAUCGCUGACAACAGCCCCCAGUUCAAUUGUAACUCCUUCAGGGACUUCUGCUCCAGCUACGGGAUUAAGUUGGUGUUCACCUCCGUCUAUCAUCCCGAGGCCAAUGGAAUGGUUGAAUCAGUCAACAAAGCCAUCUUGGAAGGAAUCAAGCCGAGGUUAGAUCAGCUGAAAACAAAGUGGGUAGAUGAACUCAACAACGUCCUGUGGGCUUACCAGACAACAAGCCGAACUGCCACAGGUGAAACGCCCUACCACUUAGCCUUCGGCACCGAGGCAAUCAUUCCUGUCGAAAUUGGUGUCCCAAGCCUAAGAAUCAGUCACUUUGAACCAGCUCAAAAUGAGCGUCUACUAAGGGAAAACCUUAAUUUCCUAGACGAAGUUCGAGAGCAAUCCCAACUUCGGACUCUAGCAUACAAACAAAGAAUAGCCAACCUUUACAAUAAGCGAGUCCGACCUCGAAACUUCAGAGUCGGUGACCUCGUCCUCAGAAAAGCUGGGCUCACAGGGUUCGAGACCCGAUAUGGCAAGCUAGCACCAAAUUGGGAAGGCCCUUAUAUUGUAACUGAGGUCCCGCACCCCGGAGCAUACAUUCUCCAAGAUGCCGAGGGUAAAAGGGUGCCUAGAGUUUGGAACGUCAAUAAUCUUAAAAAAUUCCAUCCUUGAAAGUUCCUUUCGUUAUUCUGAGUUAGGCAUCUUUUUGUAAAUAACAUCCCAGUACAAUU